AUGUCCAAGGUGCUGACACCGUACAUCCGCAAACUCGUGGACAACGCCGCGUCGUUCUCCGUCGACGACUUUGCGGCCGCCCUGCGACUCGUUUUCCAGGGCGAGACCAACGACAUCGAGCUGGCCUCCUUCCUGACCGCUCUCAGGAUCCGCGGCCUCGACUUCGACUCAGAGUACAUAGCCACCGCCGUUGAGACCAUUCUGCAGUUUUCCGAUGUGAUUCCGGGCCACACCGUCGACCCAGACGGCUACGUCGACGUCGUCGGGACUGGCGGCGACGGCCAGAACACUUUCAACGUCUCCACGUCUGCUGCCAUCGUCGGCGCCGGAAUGGGGCUCAAGGUGAGCAAGCACGGCGGCAAGGCGUCGACAUCGACCUCGGGAGCCGGCGACCUCAUGACCAAUCUCGGCGUCGAGCUGCACAAGGUGGACUCCAAGAGCGUGCCCGGAAUCGUCGCGUCGUCGCGACUGUGUUUCCUGUUCGCGCCCGCUUUCCACCACGGGAUGGCCAAGGUGGCUCCCGUGCGCGCCAGUCUCGGCAUCCCGACGAUCUUCAACAUUUUGGGGCCGCUGCUCAACCCAAUUCCUAUCAAGGCCCGUAUUCUCGGCGUCUACACCGAGUCGCUCGGCAAGAUCUACUGCGAGGCAGCCGUCAAACUGGACAGAAAGAGCGGCAGAGAGCCAGCAGAAACCAUGGUAGUUUUUGGCGAGGUCGUGCUCGACGAGAUCGCGCCGAUCGGUGCCACCAAAGUCUGGAGAUAUAACAAAAAGACCGGCAAGAUCGACGAGUUCAAGCUACAUCCCGCCGACUUCGGGCUGCCUGAGCACCCGCUGGAGCUGGUGCGCUCUGGGACGCCAAGGGAAAAUGCUGAGUUGCUCACAAAAAUCCUCAACAACGAGCUUGACCUGUCACCGGGAGCACAUCCAGUUGUCGAUUAUAUACUGAUGAACACGGGAGCUUUGGCCGUUGUGGGUGGCCUGGCGACGUCCUGGAAAGAGGGUGUUGAGCUUGCGCGGAAAAGUGUGAGUUCUGGCGCCGCAAAGCAGGCACUGGAUAGCUUUGUCAAGGCAGUCAACGAUAUAUAG